AUGUCUACUAGACGAGUUGGUCAUGGUCUUGGAGUACUGAAUAAUCUUUUUUAUGCGGUAGGAGGUUUUGAUUCACAUCAAACAUUAUACUCCGUCGAAUGUUAUCAUCCCAGUCUUAAUAGAUGGAGACGAGUUGCAGACAUGCGUGUACGUCGAAGUGGAGUGGGUGUUGGAGUUUUAGAUGAUGCACUGUAUGCUGUAAGUGGUUGGGAUGGACAUCAGGUUUGGAGUAGUGUCGAAGCAUACAGUCCAAGCACUGGAGUUUGGUCUACUAUUCCGGACAUGCAUUUGAGUCGACAUGAUCCAGGUGUUGCUGUACUAGGAGAUUUUGGUGGUUAGGAUGGAGUACUAAAAGUUCUCAAGAGCGUUGAAGCAUACAGCCCAAGUACAGGAGUUUGGUCUACUAUUCCGGACAUGCAUUUGAGUCGACGUGGUGCAGGAGUAGCUGUAUUGGAUGGUUUAUUGUACGUGGUGGGUAGUAACGACAGAACUUCUGUUCUGGAUACCGUAGAAUGUUACAAUACUAACACUAAUAAAUGGACCACGAUAACUGCGUCAAUGAAUGUUGAAAGGAGAUGUGCAGAAGUUGUUUCCAUUGAUAUGGCACGAUAUUUUAAAACUUGUUAGCAUACAUGACAUUUUUUUUUUUGAUUCAAUAUAUUACUACUUUCUUAUA